AUGUCCUCUAUCGCCAUCUUCACACUAUUUGCUUCAAUGGGCACUGAUGCCUAUUCCACUGCCGACUUCCUCACCCCUCCAGAUUGGUUCGCACAUGGCUUAGGGAAUUCCGGAGGUGUUGGUAAAGGUGGAUCCAUUGAACCCAUCAAUGUCAUCAUCUCUGCUCAAUCUCAGAUCAAUCCAAUCAAGGCCUUGACUUCCUUUUCGUCAUUCACUACGUGCUUCGACUGGAUCAGUACCUUGCAGGCAAACGUGAAUCCCGGCCAAACAACCCGAGUGAAUCAAUCAGUUGGCUUACGCGAUGGGGGAUGCAUACAGUGGGCCCUUGGCGGUAAUCACCUUAGGGCAUGGCCUCAGACGCUGCCUGAUGGCAACACUGCCUACUUCAUCGCUGCAAGUACAGAAAGUCCCUGUAUUAGUGAUGGGGGAAAUUCAGCUCCACCUUUCGUGCCGAACUGGCACUGCAUUGAUGCAGAUGGUUUCAAUGAGGGACGGGACCAGCUCACUGACGACUUUACCAGUGUUUCUCUUAAAUACCCUUUCGUCCUCGGGAUACAGAAGGUCCAACUCUACCCCAGUGGCGUUGGCACUGAUGCUGGCAAGGGCAGCACCAUUGAUCACAUCCCUUAUGACGGUAAAGUGAACAUUCUAACGUUGACGAUGUCAAACUGUCCACAAAAUCUAAAGCGCUCGGGCGAGUGUUAA